AUGCCAACCAAGGAUCGUAGCGAGGUUCUAAAAGUGUUGAAGAAACGUGUCCGUCGGCGCAGGGGUGGGGAUGAUGUCAAUCGCUCGUGUACAGUGAGUCGCCAAGUUCCCAGUGGAGAGUCUUCCUCAUCCGGAUCCAUUAAUAAUGAUUGGACGAAUUGGGUGGCUGUUCAAGGGAACGAUCACAUGGCAGUGGACGAUGUCUGGGGUAUAGGGAAGGCGAUAGGGUUGAAGUUUAAGGGAGACAACGAGACAAAGUUACAAAUCUGCGAUGUUCUUCUUUGUUCAAGUCUGUGGGGUAGUUCCUCUCAUGGGUUUUCCUUUAGACCAUCGGUGGGGGCUUCAGGCGGGAUUUUAACUUUGUGGGAUUCUUCUGAGGUGGAGAUGUGGUGGACAGAGAGUCGAGAGCAUGUGUUGUGGUGCCAUGGUCGAUUCACUAAGUCUGGUGAGGAGUUUUUUGUGGCAAAUAUCUAUGCUCCUUGUGACGUUUUGGUUAAGCAACGGUUGUGGGAGUCUAUUUCGGAGCGACUCCAGUCGUUAGCGGGGAAGAGAGUGUGUGUUUGUGGGGAUUUUAAUGUUGUGAAAUGUGUGGAGGAAAGACGAUCGGUACGGGGAGGGCACCGUUCGUUAGAUCACGUUCCUUUUAGUCGGUUUAUCGAAGAUAACUCCUUGGUAGAUCUUCCCUUGAUUGGUCGUAAAUUUACUUGGUUUAAAGGGGAUGGUGUUUCAAUGAGUCGUUUAGAUAGAUUUCUUCUUUCUGAGGAAUGGUGUUUUGUUUGGCCUAAUUGUAGGCAGGUAGCCAGGUUGAGAGGGUUAUCUGAUCAUUGUCCGCUGGUCUUAUCUGCGAAUGAGGAUGAUUGGGGACCUCGCCCGUCUAGGAUGCUUAAGUGUUGGAAGGAUGUGCCCGGAUAUCACUCGUUCGUGAGAGAGAAGUGGAACUCGUUCCAGGUCGUUGGCUGGGCCGGUCAUGUGCUCAAGGAAAAAUUUAAGUUAAUUAAGGCAGGUCUGAAAGAGUGGCAUAGGGUUCACACUCAUAACCUUCCUAGUCGUAUUGAUUCGUUGAAAGCUAGGCUUUCGGCCCUAGAUGUGAAAGGUGAGGAAGAGGCUCUUUCUGAGGAGGAGUUAAUGGAGUUUCAUGGGGUUUCGUCGGAUAUCCAAUCGCUCUCGCGGUUGCAUGCUAGCAUUAGUUGGCAACAAUCCCGUUCUUUGUGGCUUAAGGAUGGAGAUGCUAACUCGAAGUAUUUUCAUUCGGUUCUGGCGAGUCGUGGUCGAAGGAAUGCCAUGUCAGUUAUUCAGGUAGAUGGGAUUACUAUUGAGGGCGUUGAACCGAUUAGACAGGCAGUGUUUUCGCAUUUUGAGUCCCACUUUAAGGCUUCAAACGUGGAUCGGCCCGGGGUGGAGGAUCUUCAGUUUAAAAAGUUAAACCAUGCGGAGAAUGGUAGUCUAAUCAAACCUUUUACGGAGGCAGAAGUGAAAUCCGCAGUGUGGGAUUGUGACAGUUUUAAGAGCCCUGGUCCUGAUGGGAUAAAUUUCGGUUUCAUAAAAGACUUCUGGGCGGAGUUGCGGGGUGACAUUAUGCGUUUUCUUUCUGAAUUUCACCGGAAUGGAAAGCUUGCUAAGGGUAUUAAUUCCACAUUCAUAGCUCUGAUUCCUAAAGUUGAUAGUCCCCAAAGGUUGAACGAUUUUCGGCCUAUUUCGCUUGUGGGAUGCCUCUACAAAAUUCUGGCAAAGGUUUUAGCGAAUAGGUUGCGUCUUGUGAUUGGAAGCGUGAUUUCUGAGGCUCAGACGGCUUUUGUUAAAGACAGGCAAAUCCUUGAUGGCAUUCUGAUCGCAAAUGAGGCAGUGGACGAGGCGAGAAAGACUAGAAAGGAACUUAUGUUGUUUAAGGUUGAUUUUGAGAAAGCUUACGACUCGGUGGAUUGGGGCUAUCUGGAUGACAUUAUGAGGAGAAUGUCUUUCCCUACCCUAUGGAGGAAGUGGAUUAGAGGGUGUGUUUGUACGGCUACGUCAUCCGUUUUGGUUAAUGGUAGUCCGACGGAUGAAUUCCCCCUUAGACGUGGUCUUAGGCAAGGUGAUCCGUUGUCUCCUUUUCUUUUUCUCUUGGCUGCUGAGGGUCUCAAUGUGUUAAUGGAGGCUAUGGUAGAGCGUAAUCUGUUUCAAGGGUAUAGCUUUGGCGAGCAGGGUAUGGCGUCAAUUCCUUUCCUUUAUUUGGGUCUUCAGAUCGGGGGCGAUCCGAGGCGUUUGAAUUUUUGGGACCCGGUGUUACAUCGAAUAAAGAAUAGAUUAUCUGGGUGGAAGAGCCGCUUCUUGUCUUUUGGUGGCCGUUUGGUUCUGUUGCGAUCUGUUUUGUCCUCUCUACCUGUCUAUGCUCUUUCCUUCUUCAAAGCUCCUUCAGGUAUCAUUUCCUCUAUUGAAUCUCUUUUUAUUAAAUUUUUUUGGGGGGGGUGUGAGGAUUCUAGGAAAAUUUCUUGGGUGAGUUGGAAUUCUGUUAGCUUACCUAAGGAGAGUGGAGGUUUGGGGGUCAGGAGGUUGCGGGAGUUUAACCAGGCAUUAUUGGGCAAGUGGUGUUGGAGGUUGUUGGUAGAUGGCGGGGGACUUUGGUUUAGAGUGUUGGCAGCUAGGUAUGGGGUUGAGGGAGGCAGAAUUCAGGAUGGAGGUCGGAGGGGGUCUCUGUGGUGGAGGGAGAUAGUUCGUAUUAGGGAGGGAGGAGAUGAGCCAGGUGGUAGGUGGUUCGGGGAGCAUGUGGUGAGGAGGGUGGGGGAUGGGUCAGAGACUUUUUUCUGGACCGAUCCCUGGGUGGAUGGUACUCCGUUGUGUGAGCGUUUUGGGCGUUUGUUUGUUUUAACGGCAAACAAAUACUGCACGGUAGCUGAGAUGGGGGCUCUAGGGUGGGGCGUAGAUGGAGGAGCGUGGGUGUGGCGGAGGCAGUUGAGGGCGUGGGAGGAGGAGAUGUUGGGGGAGUGUCAGGCUUUACUUUCUAACAUUUCCUUGCAGGCUAUUUCUUUGGACAGGUGGCAGUGGCAGCCUGAUCCUAACACAGGUUAUACUGUUAGGGGGGCUUAUCAGCUCCUGAUAUCUCAUGCUUUGGGUACUAUGGAUGCUGCGGAUAAUCUUAUUUGGCACUCUCAGGUUCCUUUGAAGGUUUCCAUUCUUGCGUGGCGUUUAUUGCGUGACAGGUUGCCCACGAGAGUGAAUCUGGUUACUCGUCGGGUUUUAUCUCCUACAGCUCACAUGUGUGUUUUUGGGUGUGGUGAGGCUGAGUCGGCUCAUCAUUUAUUCAUAUCUUGUGGUUUUGUUGGCUCUCUUUGGGAUUUAGUGCGGUCAUGGAUUGACAUUCCUUUGGUGGAUUUUGUUUCUUUGCGCGAUCACUUUAUUCAGUUCACAUCAUCAGCAGGCGAAUCCCGAGCGCGCCGCUCUUUCCUUCAGCUCAUCUGGCUUGCUUGCGUUUGGGUUGUAUGGACGGAGAGAAAUCAUCGACUGUUCCGAGGAUCAGCAGUUAUGCCCCAUGUUUUGUUGGACAAGAUCAAGCUGUUUUCUUUUAGGUGGUUGAAGCCGACGAAUAUUACGUUAGCUUUAAACUACCAUAGCUGGUGGUCUAGUCCUCGUUCUUGCUUGGGAUUUGUAUGA